AAGACGAACAAUGCCAUUGCUUUAGUUCUACUGUGUUACGAUGGCGAGUUUGUGUUACAGUUCCCGACGAAAGGCGCAGCCGGUCACCGACGACAAUGAUUAUGCCCUACAACGUCAACUUGCAGUUGUCGACGUUGUAACUCCUAUUUCACAUUCCAUUUCUAAUUCAGAUUCUUCUGCGAUCACUCCUUUAUCCUCACCGUUUUCUCUUCCUGACGGCUGGUUCGUCCACCCGGUCCCCCGCUCCGAUGGCCUUCGCGUCGACAAGUAUUACAUUGAGUCAGAAACAGGGCGCAAAUUUCGAUCUAGAAGAGAGGUUAAGAGAUACUUGAAUGUUGAAGAAUAUAAAGCUACUAGAUCCAGGCCUUUGAGACUUGCUUACAGAAUUAAGAAUACGUUGGAUCUGAAGAUGAUUACAUCUCAAGCAAAUUAUUACAAUGAUCCAAAUACUGAACGAAAGUUCCGAUCUUUAAAAGAUGUUGAGAGGAACCUUACAAAAGGAUCUACAUCUACUAAAUCAACCACCAAGAGGCUAAAAUACCAUGAAAAGCAUCUGCAGAGUUGCAGUAGUCGAAAGAAAAUUGUCUCUAGAGGAAAGAGGCUGGAUUUUGAAGAGGAUAAAUAUAAUCAAUAUCAAUUAGUAAAUGUAACUCCCACAAGUUUUCAAUCCUCCUCAACUUUCACUCUCCCUGAUGGUUGGAUUGUAGAGGAAGUCCCCCGAAAAACUGGAGACCAUAUUGACAGGUAUUAUUAUGAGCCAGGGACUGGACAGAAGUUCAGAUCCUUGACAGCUGUCCAGAAGCACAUAGCAGAACUUGAAGAAAAUGCACCUUUAUCUGUAGUACUUGAAGAGCUUAGAGAAAAUAAUUUACCAAUUGCCAAGGCUUUUAAAUUAAGCAAUUCUAUAAAGAAUCAUGGUUCAUAUGAUUCAUGGAAGAAAAGUGUUUUGAAAAAGGAUGAAGGUUCAUCAUCAUUUACCACUAGUCCUCCAAGCAAGAUCAAUUGGGUUAUUGCUAGUAGUGGAGGGCAAAAUUGGGAUGCUUUUAUUGGUGAUAAUCCGAUUCCGGAUUCUUUAAAGCAAGAAUGGAAUGAGAGAUUCCUGUUGGCCAUUGGUAAUGGGAAUCAGAAUGAAUCGGUUUCAGCAUAGCAAAGGAAUUUUGUAUUUGCUCAUUUGGUGUAAAAUGGUUACAAGAUUGGGUCACGGAAUCUGUUAGGAAAUGGAAUGGAA